GCGUAGUGUGGAGGGUGGGGAUGCAACAUGAAUAAAUUGUAGAUUUUGGUGACUUUCAUUAUUCAGUUGUUGCUCAUCAGCAGUGCAGUUUGUUUUUAUCUUCACUCAAUUACUCUACAUAUAAUUUUAUUCCUAAUUAUAUUAAAUAUUAAAACUACAACAAAAAUUUUUUGUUCAUUUUGUGGGACCAUCUUUACUAAUGAAAAUUUAUCCAUACUUCAGAACUGUAUGAUUUAGUUCAAAUAUACUCUUUGAAUAAUUUAAAAUGGCAUCAUCCAAAGAAUGCAGCAAGUCCAAGGUGCAAAUCGACCUCUACUAUAGACCUGGAAGUCCACCAUGCACAGCAAUUCGUCUCGUUGCUGCAGCCUUAGGAAUUAAUUUAAACCUUACACUAAUUGACUUUCAAAGUGGUGAAAGUCUAAAGCCCGAGUAUCUUAAGCUCAAUCCUCAAACCAAUAUUCCAACGAUGGUUGACGAUGGCUUCUCUCUUUGGGAAAGAAUCAAUACGGAAAAGAUGACUCUCUGUACCCGAAAGACCCCAAAGCACGAGCUCGUUGAUCAGAGACUUUACUUUGAUUUUGGGACUUGGUCUGAAGCAUUCACCGACUACUUUUAUCCGAUACUGUUCUGUGGAGCGCCAAGAGACCAAUCAAAGUAUGAUAAAAUCGCAGUGGGCUUUGAUCUACUUGAGAGAUUUCUCGAAGGUCAGAAUUACGUCGCUGGUUCACAAUUAACCAUUGCUGACCUCGCUCUGAUUGUCACUGUUUCCAACCUUGAGGUGAUAAAGUAUGACUUCAGCAGAUACAAAAAUGUAAACCGAUGGGCUACAAGAAUCAAAGCAGAGGCUAUCAGUUUUGAAGAAUGCAAUGGUGAAGGUCUCAAAGCGUUCCAGGAAUUAAUCGAUUAUCUUACCCAAUAAAUUUUUCUGUCAAUUCUUCAGUUUAGUACAAAAUGUAUUCCUUUUUGUUGUGGAUAUAACAAUACACUCUCAUAAACUUAUAAAUUUCUUAUUUGUUUGCUUAUAUAAUUGUUAAGUUGAAAUGCAAUUGGGGGACAUCCAUUAAUUACGUGAGCUUAGAAUGAGGGGGGAGGGGUCCAAUGAAAUCUCACCAAAUCUCAUCUAAGCCGAGGGGGGGGGAUAAUCAAAAAUCUCACCUCAACUUCAAAAAAUAUAAAAUAUUACAGACAUUAAAAAAAAAAUUAUUUUGAGUGUUUAUUUUGCCCGCUAAAAUAAAUUUUAUGUCUAUUAAAAUCAUUUACGCUGAUGAUUUAAACAAGCUCUUCUCAGAGCUAAUGGUG